AUGGGAUUUGAUUUUUUUUCCUCUGUCCUUUGUCUUUAUGGUGGUUCGGUGGCCGGGUUGCUAGGCUUAGUCUCGACCGAAAGAAUUACUACUCAUUUUAAUCCAUGCUUUAGUGAGUCGCCACCGGCAAGCACCCACCUCUGUUUCAGACAAUUUAAUUUUGUGGCUCAAAUACCUGCAGUGGCUAAAAAAUUGGACGGGGUUGCCGCCAAGAUUCCAGAAUAUAUAACCAAUGUUGAAACAAAAGACGACCACGAAAAGUUAGGAACGAUUGAAGAAAUGAAAGUGGCUAAGAUCAAAAAGGAAAAA